AUGGAAACGGCCGUGAAUGGCCACCCGAGUGCGAACGGCGUGGCACCGUACUCUCUGCUGCAGAACGGCGCAAACAGGACAUAUGGUGGUGCGGAGCCGGGCGAAAUCGGGCUUGAGGAGCUCGAGCGCGAGCUCCCGUUCGUCAUGGACGGCCAGAUCCCGCUCGGCGAGCUCGUGUCCCGGCUCGCGCAGACGAUAUACGCCGAGCUCGUCGAGAUGGCCGAGACGAUGCCCAACAUGUCCGACGCCGCCCGCAAGCGCGUCGUCGCCGACUUCGUGGUCAAGAUGAAGCGCCAGGUCGUGAAGGUGUACGCGAUCGCCAAGUGGGCGCGCGACGCGGGCGUGGUGCAGAAGGCGAUGAACAUCACGGCGUUCCUCAUGGACCAGAACAGGCAGUUCGCGGACGCGAUCGAGGGCCUCAAGUACGGCAGGGACAUCCUUGAUGGCGCUCGACUACGAAAUCACGACUUGCUCACAUCUCUGGACGUGCUCACGACCGGCACAUAUCGACGCUUGCCUAUAUGUAUCAAGGAAUCUCUUGUCCCUUCGACCCCGCUUACGGACGAGGAAGUGCACCGAACAUUCGCGGAAAUGGAGGACGCUAUGCGUCUCCGCCUCCGAAUGUCCGAGAUUGUCCCAUGGGAAAUGUCACAGUAUCGAAUAGAUGCUGGUCGCGUGUGGUUCACCGCCCCGAAGCUCUUCGAGGCGUCGCUGUUCCUGGGUGGUGCACGGCCUAACGACGCCUGGUUUUUCGAUAACGUAACCUUCCUGUUCACCGUCGGCGGCGACCAAACUGGCAUGCAGGAUUUUCCCCGGGUACCUGCCCCUGCGCUCAGGCGGCUCAUCACGAGUGAAGCGGAUGCGCGUCUUACCUUCUACCUGAAGUCCGACGAGCCGCCACCACCCGGGGCUCCGCCAAGACCGACACUGCCGGAGAACAUGGUCGACGCACCUCUCGUCCGCCUGUUCAACUUCCUCCAAAUGAUGUCACUAUCAUACCAGCUCGAGAUCCUUUGGUUCCAGGCCCAACGCAUGCGUUCUCUGGGGUGGGGUGAGUUCAUGACGGUCGAAAUGACCAACCAUCGGCAAACACUGGUGGUGAAGUACUGGGUACGAAAACAGCCACCAACGAACCAACGCCAUCGCCAGUCGCAAAAACAGCUUCCCCUUCUCGGCGGGAAGCUCACUGUCUCAAUCGUCCAGGUGAAGGAGAAGGCGGGCCGCAAUGCGCUACGGUCACCCAAGGCACGCGUGCUCGCGGAGCUCCAUGCUCGCUCGCGCAUGAACGCUGCACGGCCAUCGGACGAGGUCGAGCACAUGCGCUUCGAUGUGCGCUGGGACCCUGAGCCCGACGCGCUGGGCGUGGCACCCGCUAUGGCAGACAUGUUCAUGCCCCCGGGCGAGCUGCAGAUUAACCCGGACGAUCUUGAUUUCGAGAGUCUCCUGAGGGCGGUCAUCCGACGGCAUACGGGGGGUGUGAUGAAGUUCUUCCAGAUGCAGUUGCAACGUGGGGAUUAUACACGUAGCAUAUUCUCGCCACCAGGCGAGGUCGCGUUCGUCUCGAAUGAGGGUGCUCCGUCGCUUCGAAUACACUUAUGCGCGGAUGAGGUCGUCAUUGUGACGGUCGACCCGCGAACGGGCCGCUUGACUCUGAGGGAUACGGGGGAUCUGGCCGCUGCCGGGCGAGGUCCCCGAUUCGCGACAUUCACUGAACGAUUGAACGACCUUCCUUAUAUGCUACCACAAGCAUUAAUGACCCUCCGACUCAUUACCAUCACGGAUAUGGCGGAGCAAAAGGUGCAGUACUUGGGCCUGCAAAGCUUCCGGGCGCGCAAUUUCUCCAAGGAUAAGCUGAAGAAGCUCGGCCCGGACGCGCAAGGGAUGCUGUACAUCCAGCUCGGCAACUUCCCCUCGCACUACCUCGUGCUCGUCAUCACGGACCAGGACUUCCGGUAUGCGCUCAUCAGCGCGCGAGAGGUCGAAAGCUCGAUGAACCACGACCUCGUCAUGGAGGACAUCGGCUGGUUGAAUGUCGGACGGAUACACGGGGACGUCUCCGUUGAGCACGGUGGUUCAGACCCCGUCACCGGCCAGAAGCGGAAGCGGGACGACGGCAGGAGCCGCGGUGUCCCACCAAAAGACCAGUACCCCACCAGUUUCCGACUAGAGACGACCGUCCUGCGGGAGCUCUAUGCAUAUUGCUGCGCACGCGUCGCGUACACCAAGGUCGAGCAGCAGUUCAAGAUGCGCGGAAUCCCGUACACGCACGUCCACUCGACCCUCCACGGGAAUGGGGCGGAGUACGGCGCGGUGCAGUCCUCGCUGGCGCGCAUGAUCCCUGCGCUGUGUGUGCAGUCGGCGGACAUCCUCUCGGGCGCGCCCGCUGCAGAGGCAGCGAUGCCGAACAUCCGCGUCAUUCCGCUCAACUGGUGGUCGGGCGAGGACGCGAAGGUGGUGACGUGCGUGAAGCUCAAGUACGUGCAGCAGCCGGUGGGCACGCGCGCAAGCGGGAGCACGGUCAUCCGGCCGUCGAAGCGCAUCAUCUACGACACGCGAGAGGCAGUCGUAAGCUUCCUGUCGGAUGACGUGGACAAGUGCGUGGACGAGUUCCUGGAGGAGUGGGCGCGAGUGAGCAAGAUGGUCGUCAUUGCGCGCGAAGUCGCGCAAAUGUCGGGGAAGUACCUCUGGACGGACGUCAAGCUCAUCGCGUUCGACCUCCAGACUGUCGAGUUCACCUACGCCGCCGACUACGCCGUCUCGCUCACAUGUACCGACGAGCUCUCCUCCAACCGCUCCUCCUACCAUCUCCGCUUCUCCCGCGCCCCGCCCGCCUCGGACCUCGACGACCCGCCAUCAGACCCGAAUGCUAUGGACGUCGACAGCCGCACGCCCGCCGAGGCGCGCACAAACCCGCACGCGGACGCCGAGCCCUUCCUCUGCGCUCUCCUCUCGCACGGCCGUCUCUCCACGGCGCUCCACCGACUCGUCUCGCUCCUGCGCGAGACCCUCCCGAUCGCGGCCGAGCUCGAGGACGUCCGCGCCGCCGCCGCGCGCGCGGGCGUCCCCAUCGACGUCUUCCCCAAGGCCGCGGGCUGGUUCCGGGUGCUGUACGCGUUCGGCGACCGCCGGCACGCGCUGGACUUCCGCCUCCUCGCCGCCGGCCGCGUCGCCGUCCUCGACGCGUCCCACACCUUCACGGACGACGCGCCUGGCGGGGCGGGGGCGAGCUCUGUGGCGGGAGCGGGGAAGAAACCGUCGAGCAAACCGUCGUUGCGCGACGUGUUCGCGAGCCUCGCGGCGCUGGACCCGAUCCCGGACUUCCGCGCGCUGGUGGGUGAGGCGGUCGCCGCGGCGGUGGAGCGCGGCACGCGAGGCCAGUUCGCGGACAUCGCGGUCGGCGUCGUGUGCGACGUCGUGGCAGUACGUGCUAUCGGGCACUUGCUACAUGAGAAGGUGCAGGCCAAGCUCUCACAGGCAAAGCCUUCAAAUGUGGCCACUUCCUUCUCUGGAGGUCCACAAGCGGGGCUGGGUAUAUUACAGGCGACGCCGAUGGUGAUUACGUAG